ACGCCCAAGUGAACGACCCGGAAGUGUUCUCAGGCGGGUGGUGCUGGAUCAGCACUUCCGGGACUGCAGGAACCUUUCAGAGCUCCGAAGAGACAGCAAGAAAAAAAGGGGUAAAAAGCUGUUGGAUAAAAUAUAAAGCUUUAACACGUCCAGACUUGUCGAUACCACCACCUGGACUGGGAUCGCUAUCAGAACCGACGGGAUUGAACAGAACCAACACAGAGUAAAAGGUGGUCAGAGUGCUUCCCCUAAGAAGCCAGUGUGGAUCCCUGCGGCCGGCGCUGGCAUUCUCUCAUUGUGAUGAAGUGACAGCAUGCUGCAGUAAAGGGAGGCUGGCGCUGGCCCAUGUGCACACUUGGAGCUGCUUUUUAAAAAAUUUUUAUUGUUCUAUAUAUUUUUUUUAAAAAAACUGUUCUCUAGAGGGGGAGCUCAGGCUCAGACUGCCAUUCUUGGCUGGCUGGCUAGCUGGCAGGGACUGAGAGCUGGGAGGGUGAAGGACUUGCCUUGAAUCAUGGAUCACCCGAUCAGAGACAAGGAGACGGAGCGAGGGCAGAGGGCCAGCAAGGCGCUGCAGGGACGCAGCGGGCACCGGCCAUCCAGCUCCACCACUUCCUCUGGGGUCCUCAUGGUGGGGCCCAACUUUAGAGUGGGCAAGAAGAUCGGCUGCGGCAACUUCGGGGAGCUCCGACUGGGUAAAAAUCUGUACACAAACGAAUACGUAGCCAUCAAAUUGGAACCAAUCAAGUCCCGGGCUCCACAGCUGCAUCUAGAAUACCGCUUUUAUAAGCAGCUGGGCAGCACAGCAGAGGGAUUGCCCCAGGUGUUUUACUUUGGCCCCUGUGGGAAGUACAAUGCCAUGGUCCUGGAGCUACUGGGUCCCAGCCUAGAAGACCUGUUUGACCUCUGCGACAGGACUUUCUCACUCAAGACUGUGUUAAUGAUAGCCAUACAGCUGAUCUCGCGGAUGGAGUACGUGCACUCAAAGAAUUUGAUAUACAGGGAUGUGAAGCCCGAGAAUUUCCUCAUUGGACGGCAGGGCAACAAGAAGGAACACAUUAUUCACAUAAUAGACUUUGGACUGGCCAAGGAGUACAUAGACCCUGAAACCAAAAAACACAUCCCCUACCGGGAACACAAGAGCUUGACCGGGACUGCCAGAUACAUGUCCAUCAACACUCAUCUAGGGAAAGAACAAAGUCGGCGGGAUGACCUGGAAGCAUUAGGCCAUAUGUUUAUGUAUUUUCUCCGGGGCAGUCUUCCUUGGCAGGGGCUAAAGGCAGACACCCUGAAGGAACGCUAUCAGAAGAUCGGAGACACAAAACGAAACACUCCCAUAGAGGUUCUCUGUGAGAACUUCCCAGAAGAGAUGUCCACGUACCUGCGCUAUGUGAGACGGUUAGAUUUCUUUGAAAAGCCCGACUAUGAAUAUUUACGGACGUUGUUUACUGAGCUGUUUGAGAGGAAAGGCUACACGUUUGAUUACACUUAUGACUGGGUCGGGCGGCAAAUACCCACGCCAGUGGGGUCGGUUCACGUGGAUUCAGGAACAUCAGCGAUCACACGCGAGAGUCACGUCCACAGAGACCGGCCUUCCCAGCAACAGCCGCUCCGCAAUCAGACGGCUUCUUCAGACCGCAGAGGAGCCUGGGAAGUGCAGCCCAAUCGGCAGACAAAUACCUCUUACCUAACGUCCCACCUGGCUGCGGACAGGCACGGGGGAUCAGUACAGGUUGUCAGUUCGACCAAUGGAGAGCUGAAUGCAGACGACCCCUUGGCUGCCCACUCCAACGCACCAAUCACAGCCCAGGCGGAGGUGGAAGUGGUGGACGAGGCUAAGUGCUGCUGCUUCUUCAGACGGAAAAGGAAGAAGAACACGCCGAGACACAAAUGACGCCGUUUUUAAAAGAAAUUCUAAAAAAAAAUCAAAAAGGAAAAAAAUAAUAAUAAUAAACUCCUCCUCCAGGGACCUGUGUGUGCGAGCGGCAUGUACGUUCCAAUCUGCUCGUCUCCGAAGGAAAUGAAAUUGUCUUUUGGUUUCUUUUUCUUUUUUUUUUAAAUGGAUCUCUUGUUGCUUCAAGCCUGAGCCUUCUGCUGGGAUAGAGGAUCUACAAACCACUCAGGCAGGAUUGCACUUCUUAACUUACUGUGUCUAUUAUUAUUGAUUUAUUAUUAUUAUUUGAAUGUCUUUUUUUCCAGCAGUUUGGGUUAAAAGGGGACUCUGAAAGGACUUGUUCCGGCUUUCCUGGCUGGUACUCCUGCUGUGUCACUGAAAGAAACUGGGGGAUAUAGAGAGACAAUGACUGACCUUAAAGUGGAGGCGUGCACUCCUACAUUCCUCCCCCUGUUCUCCUUGGUCUCCCCAGGACCUCACUGUAAACAAGACUUUGCGUCUCAGAGGGGAGGGGCAUUUCCUGGCUUAAAUUAAAGAGAGUAAACUAAAACUGACAGUCAAACACAUGUUUUUUUUUCAUACAUUUUUUUAUGUAGCGUAUAUACUGUGAGAACAUUUGUGAUCUACUGUUUCAUUUUUCAUCCCAAAGGAUUGCUGUUUAUUUCAUUUAGGUGGAUGCUUUUUAAUGCACAUAGAAAGCUAACCCUCUACACUGCAUGAGGACUAAAGUCAUGCUUUUUAUCAGGACCUGUUCGCACUGAAUUGAGGGGGGUGACCUGGAAUGUGUGCGAAUGGAGAACAUGCAAGCUGACGUAGACGGACGGACAGUCAGGCUGGGGAGAUGGUACAGCAGCUCAAAUCCCACCUUCCCUACAAUACACAGUUGUGAUGACAGUUUUUUAAGGUCGUAGUGGCUUUGCAAGAAAACUGCAUCACCUGUGUCAUUUUCUAGCCAUUCACGUCUGUGAACGCCUUCGUGUGGAUCUUGCAGUUGAGUUGCUGAGGGGCAGCAGGUUGCUUUUCUUUUAAAAGUCUUUCAGCAUUAUUCUCUUUCAAAAAUAAAAAAAUAAAAAAUCACCUGAUAGUUUAAAACAAAACAAAAUCUUCUUCCCCAGUUCAAACUCGCCUGAAUUACCCAGUAACUGAGCAAGAACAAAAAAAUGUAGGAAAUAAUUGCUGUGGAAUUGAACACCCCAGACCCCAGGUGGCGCCGUUUCCUUCAAGAAAGAACAGGUGUUGUAGGCAAUCUGUGCUUUUGACAACAACCCUCUGAGAAACUGGACAACCAUUUAUUAAAACAAUAUCAUAUUAGUAACUCUGAUAUGGCACCCUGGUUAGAGUGACCUAUUCCAAUGCUUAUUUAAUAUAUGUCUCAUUCACUUUUAACCACAGGCGCAUAGUUUGAUCCUAAACCGAAUUCUCAGCAUCUAGCAAUACAUAUUUAGAAUUAAGUGUGUAACACAUCCUGGUGGUUCUAUUGGGAUAGUGAUCACAACAGGGAUAGUACUAAAUGAGAUAAUUUGUCUGGUAAGAAAGGAGAUAGAAAGAAUGUGUUUAAAAAAAGACGUUGUUUAGUCAGCUGUUCAUAUGGUACCCACUGCCAAAAUAAAAAUAAGUCUGGCACAGUGAUGAUUAAAUCUACAAGUUGAGGUCAGUUUGGAUUUCAGUCCUAGUGCAGCAGGGAUGGUAAAAGGUCCUGGACACUUGUGCUAAAUCUGCAGUUUUCCUUUGCAUAGAAGACAGCAUCUAAUACUUAAUCAAUAAUGAUUUCUGUAUAUAUAUGCAAAUAAAAUGUGGGGCCAGCUACUAGUACACAAGGCGUGGAGUUGAGUGGGUUUAGAAGAAAUGUUUAAAAAAAAAAAUGCAGGGCACUUUAAGGUGUAUGCGUUUUAUUUUUAAGCUAAUUGACUGAUGUUGCCAGUACCAUACAAAUUGAUAAGCUUUUCAUGCAUGCAACCAGGUUUCUACCAAAGCACCUGUAAAGGCAGAUUCUGUCUGCUCUCGAUUGGUCUGAAUAAGUGGUGGUGGGAUGCAGUGCUUCCUGAUGUUGCGUUUGUUUUUAUUUGUGAAGAGGUGCUGGGCUUCAGUUUCACACUCCAGACGUGGUUUAAGUGAGCCCUAGUCCAUAGCGAGUGGAAACCAAAAGCCAUGCAGAACACCUGGAGUUCCUUACUUUAAUAAAACUUUUUUUUUUCGGGGAGAAUGGGAUGCCAAUUUUUUAAAACCUGUUUCAUACAAAAAUCCCACACAAAUAAAGAAAUAAAAGCCAUCGCACCUUGUUUUUUAGUAAGUUAAACUAGAUUCCGUCUCAACCAGCUGCUGAGAAAUCAAAACCGGAAAAUUAUCAAACCCCCGAGAAAUCAUUUGAAGAGAGGGAAUCAGAAAUGAAUACUGUUUAAGAAAAACCUGUAUGAUAAUGAAAAUACUUUUUAUAACCCUUAUAAAAACGUGAUCAUGAUUUUGGACCACAGUAGUUACUUUGUCUGUUGGAUAUUUGAGCUUGGAUGGUAACCAUGGCACCUAGCCCUGGGUUCAAACCAAUGCUGCUUUCUGCUCCAUAGAUGCUCAGGGCAAUGUCCUGACUGACAGAGAGAGUAACAAUUAGUGUGAAAGCCUGAGGAGUUGUCUGGCAUGUGUUAGUGUGCCUGCUUUUACUUGGUAUGUGCUAGUUAAACCUACUUAAAAAACAUUGUCUGUUGUCGUCUAAUCUGGGCCUGUACCCCUCUUUGACCUGCAAUGUUGCCCUGAUUUGUCCUUUACUGUUAAGAUAAUGCAACAUUUAAUUCCCCACCAUGAUUCCCCAACAUGAGCACCACCUAGUGUCACUAAAGUGUAUUGACACAGCCAAAUCCUUUAUCUGAUUGAGAGACUCAAGUAACCAUGUUAAGUAUAGGCGACUUUGUAGCCUAGUUAUUAUCUAAAAAUAUAUCUGCACAUUUUUCAUCAAAUAAGUAAAUCUGUGGCUCAAAACAAUAAAUAGGACUUAUUGGGUUUUUCUUACUUUUUAAAAGUUUGACUCAAUCCCUCAUCUUCGGACUGCCAAAAGCCUCGAGGACAGCUCUUGUAAACUUUUGAAUAUAGUUUCGAUGUGCUUUCCUGAAACAUGUCUGUAUGUGCCUAUAAAUGUAUGUACAAAUGUUUGACUAAUUGAGAGACUGUUAAAACACCAACGUUGUAGAGGGAAUUGCUUUGGAGAAUUCUGUUCUGUAAAUAUUGUCCGUCAUACAUUUUAAAACGAUUCUGAUCGGGAUGAUAAACUUUUUUUUUUUUUUUUUUUUUUUUUUUUUAACCUUAUAAAUUAAAGUAGAACAUUUUAUUACAUUUUUUUGUGUCAAACUUAUGGGCCAACUGAAACUGUUUUUAGACUUUUAACUACUGGUUAAACCGAGUGCAGUACUUGAUUGGGUUAACCACCGUUCACUCUGAUGUCCCACACUGUUCAGUAUUAAGAGGGGAUCGGGGUCUUGAUUGCACAGGCUUGCAUAGGAAGAACUAGGGGGAGAAGAUCUUGUAAUUUACUACAGGUUAAUGAACGCUGGCCACUUGCCUCACAGAAUCUUCAUUGCUGAGGAAUUGAGUGCUUAUUGAAAGAGGAUAAAAAUAGCUAAUACCAAAUUCAGAAAUGUACCACCAUGCUUUCAGAAGUGGUACAGAAGCAUGUUGAAAUGAGUUUAAGGGAUGAUCUUCUUAUUGGGGGGCUGAUCUGAUUAUGUUACUGGAGCUCAGUUGUGUUGGUUCCCAGUUCAGGCAGUCGACAAAACAUCUCAAAAGAAAUGCAAAUCAUUGGGAUCUGUUUUAUAAAAAUCUGGUAUUUGGGAAAACGGAAUGAAAGGGGGAACCAUGGUUGUAAACUCGCGUGCGUUUCUUAUUUUUCUCCUAAACAAGAAUGAAUGUGUUUUUGGAGGAUUCCCUUUUUGUGAACGCAGUUCUAAAAGUAGCGAUCGCCCUCCUGUCUGUGCUGGCCACACCUCGCAAGUUUGCAACAUGAACUUUGGUUUUAUUUUUUUUUUGUGUUUUUAAAUGUGAUUUGAAAAUGUGUUUUUUUUUUAUUUUGUAAACUUCUAUUUUUUGCUUACCCAAAUGGCCAUGCUGUAUAAAGCAGCUGGUGAAUUUGACUGCACUACAUUUCUUACUUAAUGUUUACCUUGAAAGGAACACCCAUCCUGUACUGUACUGUAAUCUUGCGAGGCCUGGUACAGAUGGCCUUUUUAGUCUUAUAAGGCUAAUGGACAAUACCUAUGAAAUCAUUACCAACAUGCUUCCUUUUUAUUUAUUCCUUACUUUUGUUCUCUUUUUUUAAAAUGUGUUAUUUAUAAUUCUACUAAAACAGAAGUGCGGGGAGUGAUGGAAAAUAUUGUGUUUUAUCGACAAGCUGGUCAUCUUUAUUAAGCUACAGCCACUUCUAUAGCUGAUUUUCAUGCAAAGGUAGUCUUUUUGACAAGUUGGUCUGUAUAUGUGCACAACUGUAACUAAAGUUUUAAGUUUUACUCUCUUGCUCUCAAGUCGAAAUUAUAUGUAAGACUUACUUGAAAAAAAAUGGGAGGUAGUUUCGGGUUGUAUAGUUAAGCUUAUGAAUUCUGAGACGCUUGUAAACAAACUUUGCAUUAAUUAAAAAAUAAAAUAAGAGUGAAUGGUAUUACACUGCUGCAAUACAUAAUGUGCCUCUGAUUCAUUUUAGGCUUAAUAUGUAGAAUUGUCUGGUCCUGUUAGCCCCUGUAACCAUGACAACCAUGUGGGCGUUUUUUGUUGUUUUUUUGGUCUCUUGUUUACACCAUUUCCGUUUUAGUUUAGAGGUUGCUGUUGUACCAAUGUCCCUUGGAAUAAUUUUCAUACAGAACAGACAAUUGGGCUUUUUUAACUCUUCGUAUCUUGGGCGGUGCUGUUUUGUUAGUGCCCUUAGUAAUUUCAAAGCCUGUUUUCAUUCAGACCUGGUCAUUUGAAUAGGACUCCUGUUAAAGGCCAUGAGGCCACUGAUAAAGGCAACUAGGUGUAUGUGAUACUUUCAGACAUGUUUUAUGCUUAAAUAAAAGCCGAUUUUAACAUUGUUACUUAAACUCUCCCCAUUGGGGGAGAAAAAGCUCAAUUAUCACCUAGAGCUAGUUGCUUGAAAAGCUGCCUUAUUUAGUUAUUUCCUUUAGCCAGAUACUCAGUGGAGUGACCCCCUGUGGGUCAUUUUAAAGAUAACUCGUCUUCAGUAUACAGUGGGUCAGAAACCGGCUUUGGUCAAUUUGCUCUGUUGUAUGUAGUUGGAAGCCCAAUAGAGCUGGUGCAGGGUUAUUCAGAGGUCUGAAAUCAUAAGCCAAAGAAACACCUGUGCCUGACAAAUCUAAUCACCCUACUGUAUCUGAUUUAUUUUUUACUGAAAUGAUGAGGUGCCAUCAGCCUCUGCAAUUAGGCCCCCCUAAUAAGCCUGCUAUGAAAAAUAUGAAUUGAUAUCUGACUUACUAAAAAUCAAACCAGUAAUACAGUAUUUUAUGCCAGAAGAGAUCCAGGUAAUCACAGAGGGGAAAAGUGCUUACCAUAGCCAAUGCAGGUUUAGCAUGGUCACGAUUGCUACAAUUAUUAGCACCUGAUCGCAUUAGUAACGAAUCAUUUCUUAAUAGUGUUAGCUGAUAAUCUUUGGCUGCUUUCAAAGACCCUAAUUUAGCAGUAAUCUUGGACUGCUGAAUGUUACCUUGUGGUAAUCAGGGUGGCUUGGAGUAGUUUUCCUAAUCUGGAUGAAUCACAAAUAAUUCAUAUAUGUUGUAUAUUUUUCUCGAGGUCAGAGAUAUGGUUAAUACAGACAGUGAUUUAAGACAUCUGAAAAGCCCUGUAGAAUAAUGCUUAUACAGCCUACAGCAGCAUAAAGCAUGAGUGUCGUUUGGUUUGCAGGUAUCAAAGGUGAAGAUAAAUGUAGUGGUCUUUGGAUGUGAAAUGGGUUAAGGUUUUUCUUGGAUUCAAAGAAACUUCUUUCUGUAAAUUGUACGAGUUCCCACGAUGGUGCUGCAGUGCAUUCUAAACCUCCAUGGAAAUCGCACAGCUACCCCAGACCACUUGUGAAUUCAAGCUGAAGUUUGAUAACUAUCUGAGACUCACAGAGAGGUGUAGGAAACACUGUUGCUUAUGCUGUAUGAUGCUCUCAGAGUUCAGGUGAAGUUAAAGUGGGAAACGGCCCCCUGGACUUCUGUCUUUUUACUGAUUGCUGGCAGAUCAGAGCACUGAGCAAUUCCAGACCCCCCUUUGGAGUGGCAGAUAUUAAAACAAGUGCAUGGAACUAACCGGGUUUGUUUUUUCCAGCCGCAGCUACAUUGCUGUCCAAAUUCACUGGAUGUCUUCCAUAAGACAUCAAAUAAUGCUUUCAUCAAAUCAAAGACAAUCACUUGGGAUUUCUUACAUGUUUCUGAAUUGCAAGUCCACGGAACAGAUUAUUGCUUCCCUUUUUUGGGGGGGGUGGAGGGAUAAAUGCAUUACUUACUGUUCCAGCUUCUUUAUUUGUCAGAUGUAAUUACCAGUGAGAUGUAAAGACAGGUGAUUUCUCUUCCACCAGUAGCUGCACAAAACAAAUGAACCCAUUAACUGCCCAUUUCUCUCUCUAAACUUGUAAAAUAUAAAUGUGUCUCUUUCUUUAGCCCUGAUGUUAAACUACUGGCAGAUGUCUUUGGGGUUUCUUCCUGUCGGACAAACUUGUACUGAUAAUAAGGAAUCCCAAGAAGGCUGCUGCCAGUAGAUUUUCCACUGGUUCUACUCGCGUAGAUACCUUUUCCAUCUGCGCAACUGAGCAGCCACAAGUUAAAUGUAUAACAUAGAUGGGUAUUACAUAGCAUACGAAUAUCCACUAAAUGUGGUUUAAUUUAACUGCAAAGAAUUGCAAGGAAUGAGUUUAUUUAAAAAAAAAAAAAUUAUAUAUAAUUUCACAUUUCAGAAGGAUUGGUAAAUCCUGUUAAAGUGCAGGUUUGUGAGUUUUUAUUCCUGAGCAUUGUAGCAUUUGUGUGUGUUGUAUUUAAUUUCCUACAGAAGCUGAUGUAUUCAAGUUUAAACAUGGGAGAUAUUCACAAAACAGAUGUCUUCAUGUACUGUCAUUUAUUGUCCUGUGUAUGUUGCCCUUUUUUAUUGCUUUUCUUUAUUUGUUUAUUUUAAUUUUUAAUGGGAUGCUGGUUAUGAAGAUUGACUGCAAUUGUCGCUUUGUUUUAAGUUGUAAAUUGUACGAAACAGGCCAUUGGAUAUUUUUUCGAAUCAAGUUUAAAAUGUAGACAUGUCUCUUUGGAACAGUUCUGUAAAAGAAAAUGCCUUCUUUUGUUCAGAUUCUAUUUUUUGAUUUCCAGAAAAAAGAAAUUCAAAUGUGUCCUACAGUACUUUAUUCAUACUUUUACUCUUGGCUCUGGUUUCAAAACUCUUCAGUGGGAGGAAAAAAAUAAAUCUUAAAAUUGUAUUAUUAAUAAUAUAAUUAUUGUGUUGAAUAUGAAUGUUGCUUAAAAUGUAUUUGAACAGUUUAACCUGGUAAAGGGCUUCAAUUGUGAAGGACCUUUUUUUUUUUUGGCCGGAAAAGGUCCUGAUGCUGUUGUCAGUCUUAAAAUGCCUAUUUUCCAGGGCUUCGUGUGAAACACUCAUCACAUGUGACCUUUGAAAUUACACUUUGUAUUCCCUCUGCAUUCAAAGGGAAACUCAAGUUUGCACCCUUUUUUAUGUAAAAUAAAAUGUCUCUUAACCUUU